AACGCGCCGACGCGCGCAGCGCACUGCAGCGCUCCGCCGUGAAACAGGGUCCUGGUGUCAAUGAUUGCAUCUGACGUCUGACUGCGCCAGGGUCCAGUUUUUCCUUUCGGUUUGUAAGCAUCCGUAUUCCGUGUAUCGGGAAUGCCCGAAAGAUGAAGUACCCACCAAUACGGCAGACCAGCACCACAAUCAUUCUAAGCUACGUUGUGACUGUCGGCCUGUCGAAGCAUUGCUGCUUAAUUGAAGACCAUGGCAUUGCUUUUGCGGGGGCUGCGAUGGAGGUUCGGGAAGACGUCUGGCCACCAGGCAGCUGGAUUGCUCCGAAGCUACCACCUAGAUGGGGCGCCCAUUAUCGGCACUGAGCCCAACAGGAACAGCCAACAGUUUCAGGAGAACCAUCAGCGCAUGUCCGCGCUGGUCUCGGAGCUCUCCGGGCACGUGGAGCGAAUCGUGGCCGGUGGCGGCGAGAAGGCCGUUCAGAGACACACCUCAAAAGGUAAGCUGCUGGUCCGGGAGCGGAUCCAGCGUCUGCUCGACCCCGGCUCGCCGUUCCUGGAGUUGUCCCAGCUGGCCGGCCACCGGCUCUACGGCGCGGAGGAGGUCCCCGCGGCCGGCAUCAUCACGGGCAUCGGACGCAUCAGCGGCGUCGAGUGCAUGGUGGUGGCCAACGACGCCACGGUCAAGGGCGGCUCCUACUACCCGAUGACGGUGAAGAAGCACCUGCGCGCCCAGGAGGUGGCGCUGGAGAACCACCUGCCCUGCGUCUACCUGGUGGACUCGGGCGGCGCCAACCUGCCGCGACAGGCCGACGUGUUUCCCGACCGCGACCACUUCGGCCGCAUCUUCUACAACCAGGCCAACCUGUCGGCGCGCAACAUCCCGCAGAUAGCGGUGGUGAUGGGCAGCUGCACGGCCGGCGGCGCCUACAUCCCGGCCAUGGCCGACGAGUCGGUCAUCGUCCGGCGACAGGGCACCAUCUUCCUGGCCGGACCGCCGCUGGUGCAGGCCGCAACAGGGGAGAAGAUCUCCGCGGAGGACCUGGGCGGCGCCGACCUGCACUGCAGCAAGUCCGGCGUGACGGACCAUUACGCUGUGGACGACCUGCACGCGCUGCACCUGGUGCGCCGCUCAGUGCGGAACCUGAACCGGCAGAAGACGCCGCCGGUCACCCUGCUGGAGCCGGAGGAGCCGCGCCUGCCCGCCUCCGACCUCUACGGCAUCGUCGGCGACAACCUCAUGAAGACCUUUGACGUGCGAGAGGUGAUUGCUCGCGUGGUGGACGGCUCUCAGUUUGACGAGUUCAAGGCGCGCUACGGCGAGACGCUGGUGUGCGGCUUCGCCCGGCUCUACGGCUACCCGGUCGGCAUCGUGGGCAACAACGGCGUGCUCUUCUCCGAGUCGGCGCUCAAGGGCACCCACUUCAUCGAGCUCUGCUGCCAGCGCAAGAUCCCGCUCAUCUUUCUGCAGAACAUCACAGGGUUCAUGGUGGGCAAGGACGCCGAGGCCGGCGGAAUCGCCAAGAACGGCGCCAAGAUGGUGACUGCCGUGGCGUGCGCCCAGGUGCCCAAGCUGACACUGAUCAUAGGCGGCUCGUACGGCGCCGGCAACUACGGCAUGUGCGGCCGCGCCUACAGCCCCCGGUUCCUGUACAUGUGGCCGAAUGCGCGCAUCUCCGUUAUGGGUGGCGAGCAGGCGGCCGGCGUGCUGGCGCAGAUCACCCGGGACCAGCGGGCGCGCGAGGGAAAACCCUGGACGCCCGACGAGGAGGCCGCUCUCAAGGCGCCCAUCGUCGAGCGGUUCGAGGCCGAGGGCUCGCCCUACUACAGUUCGGCUCGCCUCUGGGACGACGGCGUCAUCGACCCGGUGGACACGCGCCGCGUGCUCGGCCUGUCGCUGUCAGCGGCGCUCAACGCGCCCAUCCCUGACGCCAAAUUCGGAGUGUUCAGGAUGUGAGGUGUCCGGUGGGCCAGAGCGCCCUCGGAUCUUCAUAGACUGCUCAGUGAGGCCAGCAGUGGAGACUGAGCGAAGACAGGUCUGGAGUCAGUACGGGGGGACGGAGACACGGGUGCAGUCAGCAUGAGGACGGAACGGAGACGGGUCUGCGGUCUGCCCCUUGGACUGCUGAUCGUAGACGGACCCUCCGUCGGACCGUCCCAGACCAGCCGUCUCGUCCCAGCAGCGGAGUUGGAGCCGCUGCACCGUAUGGAGCCGACCAGCUGAUGACGGUCAGUCCCGCCCCCUCCCCCGCGCCGGCCGCCGGCCGUCCGGCGCAGAUAACUCGUGCAAUACCUACCGCGUGUUUUGUAUGUCCGUUUGUGUAGAGGUGCUCGGUGGUCGGUCGAUGAUGGUUGUGCCUCGGUAUCGGUGUCUUUUUAUAGUGAGUCGUCGCGGAGACGCUGUGAUGGUGACGAGUCUUUGUUAGUGAUGUGUGAUCGCCACGGUACCGGUCGUAGGUCCAUCACCUUCGGCAAAUAAUGAAAACGAUAAUUGAACGUGUUCUACAUAGUGUCUGCCUGCAUUUAGAUGAAUAUACGAGUCUAUAGUUUGCACCCUUUCAUUUAUUUACACUUCCAAAACUUAUCAUUCGUAAAGUAAUUAACUUCUCUUGGAUCUCCUCUGCAUCAGUAAAGAAUGUGAAGUUAGGCCCUAAUGUCUGAAACGGUUCACUCCACGACACUCGAUUCUGGCCAUUCACUUUAAUUGCCUUGUGUCUGCCUUGAAUCAGGCUGCACCUUUGUAUCGUAGGCCGUAGCUCCACUUGCAAGUCAAAAAGGCUCGCAUUUUCCCACUCCACCAUUUCAAACUACCUUUAUGCGUACAGCACCCAGCAAAAAUUUCGUCUCGGUAGAUAUUAUUGUAUGUACUCUUAUUGCUGAGUGGCUACUCUCCUCAGACCUGUUGGCAACAAGUAGACGACACAAUCAGAAGUCAGUGCGUUUCUGUAUUACAGUUCAUUGCUUUGGCUUUCGGCUGACAAUGGAAGCAUGUUAUUCCUACCAGCAGGCGACUCACUUCAUUUCUAUACCUACGAUUAGCUGCUAUUUGUACACUUUCUAAACGUGCUCGACAU